AUGGGUUCCACUGAAUUCCUCGCCGCCGUCAAGGCCCGCCGCACCUACUACGGCCUCAAGGCCGAGUCCCCCAUCUCUGACAAGAAGAUCCAGGAGAUCGUCAGCGAGGCUAUCCUCCACUGCCCCUCCAGCUUCAACAGCCAGAGCACCCGCGCCAUCGUUCUCCUCAAGAAGGAGCACGAGAAGCUCUGGGACAUCACCAAGGAUGUCCUCAAGGCCAUCGUCCCCGCUGAGCAGUUCGAGAGCACCGCACAGAAGUUGGACGGCUUCAAGGCCGGAUACGGAACUGUCCUCUUCUUCGAGAGCAAGACCGAUGUUGAGGCUAUGCAAUCCGCUUUCGCCCUGUACGCCGACCGCUUCCCACCGUGGGCCAGCCAAUCCGACGCCAUGAGCCAGUUCACCGUCUGGACUGCCCUUGAGGCCGAAGGCCUCGGUGCCAACCUCCAGCACUACAACCCCCUGAUCGACGCCAAGGUCGCCGAGGAGUGGAAGGUUCCCAGCGACUGGGUCCUCAACGCCCAGCUCGUCUUCGGUACCCCCGUUGGCGGUGCCGGCGACAAGACCUUCAAGCCCAUUGAGGACCGCCUCAAGGUCUACGGUGCUUAA